UCUGGCAUCCAUCCCUUCUGUUCUCUUCCGUCCGGGCCAAGACUGCACCCCCCAAGCGGAUAUUUCGUUCCAACUAUCGAUAUGUCGGACCAGAACUAUGUCUUCAGUGGCCGUCAUUCCGUGGCCGACUAUUUCGAUCCCGAUAAGAAUCCCCCUCUCCCCUUGGUCGAGAUUCCAGAUCGGCUGAAUCCCUUCCGGAAAGAUGGCGUAAGGAUCUAUGCAAAGAUGCUCACUUGCCUGCCGGCGCAGAACGUCAAGUCUCUGCCUGCCCUGAAGAUGCUACGAAACAGACCUGAUGCCCACGACAAGAAGAUUGUCGAAGCAAGCUCAGGGUCGACGGUGCUCUCUCUUGGCAUCCUAGCCCGGGUUCUCUGGGGGAACGAAGAUGUCGAUGCCUACGUGACGAAUAAGAAGCCGCCAGAGUCGUUGAGCAUGCUUCGGUUCUUUGGCAUCCGGCCGUGUCUCUAUGGAGGUCUCUCCCAGCAGGAGCCCACAGAUCCAACGGGCAUCAUGAGCAGGUUGCGGAGAAAGGCCGCACAAGAUGAAGACGUGGUGUACCCUGGGCAGUAUGACAACCCGAACAACUGGAAAGCCCACGAGGAAUGGACGGGGCCCCAGAUUUUCAAACAGCUGCCUCAGAUCAACAUCUUUUGCUCGACGGUUGGCACUGGAGGUGCAAUAACAGGAACAGGCUUGUAUCUCAAGUCCCAGAAGCCGGCAGUCAAUGUCGUUGGCGUCUUCAACAAGUUCGGAGACCCCACGCCGGGUCCCAGACAUUUUCACGGCUUCCAUACCUCCGGCUUUCCCUGGCAAGGCACAGUCGACUCUCGGAUUGAGGUCUCAUCUGUUGACUCGUACCGCAUGUCUAUGCGUCUCUCUCGAGAGGGACUCAUUUCCGGCCCGUCGUCCGGAGAAGCGCUCCACGGCCUCCUCGAGUACAUCUCAAAUCUCGAGAAGGCUGAUGGGCUGGAUCAACUGAGAGAUGAGACGACCGGAGACAUCUCAUGCGUUUUCAUAUGCAGCGAUCUACCAUAUCAAUACCUGCCUGUCUACUUCCAAAAGCUUGGAGCAGAAGAGUUCCCCCGGAUCGAAAACGAGAUCCUUUUGCAAUGUGACCAGAACAGACACGACGAGAGAUGGGUCUUGGACACCCUGAAAGCUGCGACCGUUCUGUUCGGCACCGGAGAACUGGGGUCACGCCAGAAGGCAGUGUCAAAGACCGACAGCAAGGACUGCGAUCUGGGCAAGCUCUCUCCGGCCCAGACACCACCAACGAGCCGCUCCUGGAUGUCGUACCUUUUACAUCUUUUGUUUCCAGAGAAGCCUCACUUGGAAUCUGGCUGUUGCCCCAGCCACUUUCGGGGCAGCGUCUUACCAUCAAUCCUGGUCUUGGAUUUGCGCAGCCAGGCUGACUUCGAGGCGCUACACCUUCCAGGCUCCCAUUCUGUGCCCUUGGAAGGUCUUACAGCCAGUCUAGCUGACGGGGAUCUCUUUGGAGACGCCAAAUCUGUUCACAUGGUCUGGACGCAGAUUCAGAAAACGUUCGACGAGCCGCGUGUGGCCAGACGGCUGCUGAGCGCGCGGGACAACCAGCAUACUGUCAUGCUGGUGUGCUAUAAUGGCGACGCAAGCAAGCUUGCGUCUUCAACACUCCGGGCCAGGGACUAUGAAGCAUUCAGCGUCGAGGGCGGUAUAGAGGCACUCUGGGCCGAGGUUCAAGGUCGGGGACUUGUCUGAUUCACGUUUUGCCAGAUACUCUUGCAAUCGAUUAUGGCACCAUGUAUUACCCGCGAACACCAUGAACAGCUCCCGUGAAUGGUCACACGUGGGUGGCACUGUUGCCGUAAUCACGCAGUGGGAGUGGCUUUAACGCGCUCGACAGUGUCUGGGAGAGCGAGAGGAGUAAGCAAGUAGGAAACCCUUGCUGCAGUGACUUGCAGCCAUCGCCGCAGACGUACAUGUGCAGACCGAGACAGGCAGCUGCUAAGACCUGCGUUGUUGAUGAUGCUUCCAUAAUCUUGAUCCACAGCAGCUAACACGUCCUGCAUCAUGUAUCCAUAUUGCCAACCUCACUAGGCCAUCCCCCAAGAAGACAAUGGCCUUGGCAAAGACACUGGUCACAAUUCCAUUCGUUGUAUGCAGCUUUUGAGCAAGUAUGAGCUCUUAUUGUGCUGCCAUCCCCCAC